UUUGUAAUGUGGAGAGCUUGGUUUGGGGUUUUGUAAUGUGGUGGGAUUUGUUUGAGUAGAGUUUGUGGAGGUUUUUUGGGCUAGGUUUCGUUUACAUUUUGUUGUUAGUUUAUCAGUGAGAGAGAUGAAUGAAAACACAGGGAAAACGGCGCCUUGUUUGGCGAUAACAGAGAAGCGGGCGCAUAGACCUGGAGGUUGUGUAGGUAUUUUCUUUCAACUCUUUGAUUGGAACCGUAGAUUUGCUAAGAAGAAGCUCUUCUCUAGAAAAUUACUCCCUCCAGCUCGAGCAAAACAAGUUUCAAAUAAGUUUGGAGGGGAUGAGAAGAUGCCCAAAACCAAGCUUCACUUGAUUGCUGAUGAGAACAGUGGGGGCUUCCCUAAUGUGAAGAAAAGUGGUAACCGUAGUAGUAGUGUUGAUUUAGAGACCAAGCAUGAGAUGAAAGCUCCGAGUUUGGUUGCUAGGCUGAUGGGUCUUGAAUCUAUGCCUACUCUACAAAAGGAUAAGCCCAAGAAACCUUCCUUUUCGGGUUCUUGUGAUGUUAGAGAAGAGAAGUUUGUGAAUGAACAUAGUGGAUCUAACAGGGAAGAUUCAAGUUCGGAGAAAGGUGGUGCAAGGAUUGAAUCUAGGCCUCAGAAGAUACAAAAGACUGGGCAGUCUGAGAGACGGGCAGUGACUAGGUUUGGAGCUGAGGCAUUGCAAAUUAAGAGUGUUUUGUCUCGAUCAAGAAAGCACCAGUCCAAAUUUGCUUCUCCUGUGAAGAGUCCCAGGGUUUCCUCUGCAAGGAAUGUGUCAAGGACCUCUAGAUUGAUUGAUGCUGCUACUAAAAUUUUGGAGCCUGGUCUGCAAGCUACUAAUAGAGCAAAAUCUGCACUUACUUAUUCAAGUUCGACUCAUUAUGCUGUCACGAAUGAGGUUUUUACAGAGGCAAGAAUGGGGGGUAUGUCUCCGGAAUUUUCAAAACAAUCUGGUUAUAAUGUAAGCGCAGGUAAAUCUUUGAUGGCACAUACUUCUUGUAGAAAUUGUGGUAAUUUCCUUGAUGUUGUGGACUGCCAACCAAAUGUGGAAGAACAACCUUUUGUUUAUUCAUCCCCUGAUUCAAAUUUAGUCAAUAUCUCUUCUCCGGGAUCUGGAAAGAGUAAAUCAAAGCUACCCAUGUCAUCCAUUGACAGAGAAAGAGUUGCCAAUUUUCAGCAAUGUGACCAACCUAUGUCUCUGGGUGCUGUAGAAAAGGAUAAGUGCAAUAUGCGAUCAGUUAGGACACGCAGUCCAGAUAGGAAGCCUCCAUUGCAGGAAGGCCAAGUUCAGUGGCAUUUGACUAGUCAGCAGCGCAAGCCUCAGAAAGAGGAACCAUCUUCAUUUAAUUUAAAGCAAAAGACUCAAAACCAAAAUCGGAUGUCCUUGGAUGGAGAUAGGAUCCCGUCAAGGGCCAAACUGAGUAAUCUGCAAAGCAAGAGAGUCUCUUCACCUGUAAAUACUGUUUCGGGGGCCAAAGAUUUUGUUGCUUUAAACCGAAGUUUAAGUGGUCGCACCCGGGCUAGGGUUCCUGCCAAACUAGAGAAUUCUACUUCUGAAGCAGAGAGAAAAUCUUUUAACCAGCAAGAUAACUCUUUAUCACAGUUAAGGACCCCGGUACGGAAGAGGAGGACUGUUGGUGUAAAUGGACAGGUUGAAAGUACUGCCUCUGUCAAUUCCAUGCUAGGAAAACAAAGAAAUGUUAGGUGCGAUGUGGGGAAUGGAAAAGAGAUAGGUCAAAACGCAUGUUCCGUGGAUCAGAGUUCUGCCAAAAAUAGAGCAGCCAGGCACAGGGAUGGUAGUAGACCCAAUGGAAAUAAGGAAAGUGAUGUUAUUUCUUUUACAUUUAAUUCUCCAAUUAGACACAAGAAAGGAAUUUCCGCUGAGGUGAAAGAGCAAAUCAAGGAUGAAAAUGACUUUGGCAGUAGGAAUGCAUGCUGGCGAAAGAAAGUGGAUGAAAAUGAUGGCUUGUCUCUGCAAAAGCAAUGGCCAUUGAGAGGAGAUGCUUUAGGUGCCCUGCUAGAGGAAAAAUUGAAGGAAUUGACUUCACAAGAGGAUGAAUUGAUAACAGCAGGUUCCUCACCUAAGAGGUCCACUGCUAUGAUUCUUCAAGAGCUUAUAUCGGCUUUGACUGCAGACCAGCCUAUCCCUCGGGAAGGUCAUGUAUCUGAUACAGAUGUAGCUUUCCAGGUUGGUUCUCUCAUCACUGGCAUACUCGUUUUUGCGACUUGGUGCAACAUUAACUCAAAUCAUUUGAAAACAGUUGUUCCUGACAAGUAUUGUUUCUUCUGUACUUCUCAGACAAAGGAUACGUUGUUUGGAUUUGCAUGUGAUGGUGAUCAUCUUAGUCCUGGUUCUGUUCUUGAAGCUUCAUUUUCGAAUGACAGCUGCUUCUCCAGUAGCCUAGAUGAUAGCUCAGGACAUAGGCUGCAUGUUGAUUCCAUGGAUUACUCCCAAGAUCAGUUGCGUCCAACAGAACCUGAUACAGACCUUCUGGAUUCUGCAACCUCAUUAAGCAAAGGAAGGGCUGGUAAUCAAAUGGUGAUUGAACUCAUGAACCAAAUUUCUAGAUUGCUGCAUAGUAUCAAUUAUGCUGGUCUAGGAUUAACAGGAAGCAAGCUAACUUAUGCAAAGGAUGUUAUCUUGAAUGCUGAGCUGUUGUUUGGAAACACGAGUCUUCUAAAUUCUGGUGGAGUGAGAGACUUUCUUGUAUCUCCAUUUGUAUUUGAUGAACUUGAAGUUCUUGCUACUGCUAUGUGGCCAAAUUUUAAUUGCCUUCUUGGGUUUGAAGAGACAAAAGAGGGUGCUCAGCUUAGAGGAUUUCUUUUUGACUGUGUGAUAGAAUGUUUUGACGUAAAAUAUAGUCGGCACUGUAACUCCGGUUUCAAAGCUUGGAUGAGAUUGCCUUUACGUAUGAAAGCAGAGAUGCUGAUUCGAGAGGUUGGGGAGGAGGUUAUAAGGUGGACUCAUUUGGCUGGUAUGACUCCUGACGAGAUAAUAGAAUGCGAGAUGAGUCAUUCCUUGGGGAAAUGGACAGACUCUAAUAUAGAAGCAUUUGAAACCGGUGCUGAAAUUGGCUUGGACAUACUCCAAAUUUUGGUUGAGGAGAUUGUGAUAGACAUCUGGGAGUGCAAACACUUCUGAAUUUCAUGAAGCCCCUCUGUUUUGUGAGUUACUUUUGUUAGGAAGAUGGUAUUUUUUGUACAAAUGGAUGGGAUGGUGUUCAUUAACAAGGGCUAAUUGGAUUUGUAGAGAGCAUUUUAUGUAUGCAUAUGCUUUUCUUUUGAUCAUUUGAUGUAA